GUUGAGGUGACCCAGAGGUCCCACGCUUGUUCGAAGUGAGAAAUGGCAGUAAGUACUAAGCAAUGCUGCUCUCGGUUCACCAGCCAUCCUGUUCUCUCUCUCUUCUCACCCAUCAUUUGUUGAUAUCUCUUUCAAUUGGUGUAUGCGCUCGUAGAAUCCUUUCCAGACUUUUGGACGGUUGCACUUUGAAUCUCAUGUUUAAUAUUUAUACCCAUUGCAGUAUCUUUCGGCUUGUUGCUACCCGUGGUGAUCUGUUUCCGACAACUGCAUCCUCAGCGGCAUUGAGAUAGCAUGAUGAUCCUCUGUGGUUUCAUUGCGAGGAUACCUCUUAUCACAGCAGUUUGCAGUGCUUGCCGGCUGCUGUUUUGAUGUCUACCGCCCAAUCUUUUGUUGCCCUGCCUGCUGCACUAAGAAAGACGCUACUGCAGUCGUCCUGGCUGAUUUUUUCAAUCAGCGCACCGAGCUUCCCUGACGGGUACUGACUUCUUGUUCGCACAGUUGUCCAAUGCCUCAUCGCGUAUUGCCUGUAUCUAUGAUGGGCCACUCUCAUCACUGUGCAUUUCUGUGACGUGUAUGGUGGAAAAGUCGCCUCGGCUCUCUGCCAACCACCGUCUCUCGCCGUGUUUCUCGAUCAAUAUGCGAAGCUUCUACUUUGGAUAUGCUGUGGCUAACCUUGCCUUUGUCGGAGAAGUUGUCCCAUGCCCUUCGCGCUCUGAACCACCCUGACAUAUCCUUUUGUGGUCGUCAACAGCCUGAAUGUCCGUUCUUUGAUAGAAGCCUGAUCUUAUCGCAAGCCGUACAAUGGGCUCGCUAAUGGAAA